ACCUCACGCAUAGCCCUUGUACCCUAGCGUGCGUUUGCACUCCCUCGUACUCCGUCUGUUCGCUCUACUACUGCGGUAUGGAUUGGCACUCGUUAUGAUGAGUACGCCUCGAUGGCAGACCAAAAUCUUUCUUUCACGCGUUUCGACUUGGAAACAACACAAAUCCACACGCCGCCGCACGUGCAUGUAUCGACUGAAAUCUCUGAUUGCGACGAAGGUCGUACAAUCUUCCACGCCAUACCUGUCCCGUGCCCUGUCCCUGCAUGGUCCUGCAACGAUUGGAUUGAUAUCGCAAACCGUCCGGCGCACUGGUCUUGCGGGCGUUGAUGAAAACGACGCUGUCUCUAUGGGCGUUAGUCCUGACUGCCAUGUCCGGGCGUGACAGGAUUCACGAUUUUUGAGCUACCGGG